CAAGACAUUCCGGAACUAAGGCGGCCAUUUUUACGUUGCGUGUAAAUCGGAGUUUCCUUCAGGCAAAAUAUUUCUUAUAGCCUAGAUCAGAUGACACGUCUGAAGUCGACAAGGACGUUACCACAAAACAUGCUGAAGACUUUAUCCAUUUUACUGGGACUCGCUUCCCUUUCUUCCGCCUUUUACCUGCCAGGUUUGGCUCCAGUAACUUAUUGCAAGCAAAAGUCGGAAAACUGCAAGACUGAAGUGAAGAUCUUCGUUAACAGACUCAACUCAAUUGAAACAAUUGUACCGUAUGAAUACCAUUCAUUUGACUUCUGUACCACAGAUGAAGAUCAUUCUCCUGUGGAGAAUUUGGGACAAGUGGUUUUUGGGGAGAGAAUCCGACCAUCACCCUAUAAUGCCACAUACAUGAUAGAUGUCAAGUGCAAGGUGGCCUGCUCAAGGUCAUAUCAGCCUAAGCAAAAGGAGUCAUUAUCCAAACUGAAGUUUUUGAAAAAAGGGAUUUCACUUAACUACCAGCAUCAUUGGAUUGUUGAUAACAUGCCCUUGACCUGGUGUUAUGAUGUAGAACAGAAUGAGAAAUAUUGCUCCAGAGGAUUUCCAAUCGGAUGCUACGUUACCAAGAAUGGAAAGAGGAAGGAUGCUUGUGUCACAGAUCCACGCUUCAGCGAGAAGGACAGCUACUACAUCUUCAACCACGUGGACAUAACCAUCACCUACCACUCUGGGAAGGGAGAGGAAUGGGGAGACCAGAACAACCUGGGAGGUCGCAUAGUGUCGGCAAAACUUGUCCCUAGAAGUAUUAAGACGACUGACCUUGGUGCUGAUGGCUGCCAGGCUAAAACUGCUGAUCCUGCUCUGUUCCUGACUGGAGGUGGCGAUAUUGCCAAGCCUUUGACCUUCAACUUCACCUACUCACUGAAAUGGAAAGAAGACAACUCCAUUAAAUGGUCAUCCCGAUGGGAUUAUAUUCUUGAGUCCAUGCCUCACACAAAUAUCCAGUGGUUCAGCAUCAUGAACUCUCUGGUAAUCGUGCUGUUCCUCUCUGGUAUGGUAGCUAUGAUCAUGCUGAGAACACUGCACAAGGACAUUGCCCGCUACAACCAAAUGGAUAACUCUGAAGAUGCCCAGGAGGAGUUUGGAUGGAAGCUGGUCCAUGGAGAUGUAUUCCGACCCCCGAGAAAGGGCAUGAUGUUGGCUGUCCUCAAUGGAAGUGGUGUACAGGUGUUCUUCAUGGUCCUUAUCACACUAGUAUUUGCGUCACUUGGGUUCCUGUCUCCUGCCAACAGGGGAGCUCUAAUGACCUGUGCCAUGGUUCUUUAUGUGUGUCUGGGAACCCCAGCUGGAUAUGUAUCUGCCAGGAUUUACAAAAUGUUUGGAGGGGAGAAGUGGAAGUCUAAUGUUAUUAUCACAGCGAUGUUCUGUCCAGGAAUUGUAUUUGGAGUGUUUUUCCUGAUGAACCUCAUUCUAUGGGCUAAAGGUAGCAGUGCUGCCAUCCCCUUCUCUACACUAAUUGCUCUCCUUGCCCUGUGGUUUGGUAUCUCUGUACCACUCACCUUCGUCGGAGCCUACUUUGGAUAUAAGAAGAGGGCCAUAGAACAUCCAGUGAGGACAAACCAGAUUCCACGUCAGAUUCCUGACCAGUCUUUCUACACCCAGCCCUUACCUGGUAUUGUGAUGGGAGGUGUUCUUCCAUUCGGCUGCAUUUUCAUUCAGCUCUUCUUCAUACUCAACAGCAUUUGGUCUCAACAGACAUACUACAUGUUUGGGUUCCUUUUCCUGGUGUUUGUCAUCCUCCUUGUCACCUGCUCAGAGGCCACCAUAUUGCUGUGUUAUUUCCAUCUUUGUGCAGAGGACUAUCACUGGUGGUGGCGGUCAUUCCUGACCAGUGGAUUUACUGCUGUCUACCUGUUUGCUUACUGCAUUCAUUACUUCGUAUCAAAACUGGAGAUCCACGACACGGCCAGUACAAUGCUCUACUUUGGAUAUACCUUCAUUAUGGUCUUUGCAUUCUUCCUGACCACAGGAUCCAUAGGUUUCUUCGCCUGUUUCUGGUUCACUUCCAAGAUUUACAGUGUUGUGAAGGUAGACUAGAGACAAAACAAGACUAUCUGACCUUGGUCUGACCUUGGUCUGUGGGUGAUCACUUCUUGGUGUAACUGCCUAACAUAAUGGAUACUCCAUGUCUUUCUCUUCAUCAUCAUUCAACACUGGUCACAUCAGACGGAACAACUUGAAAAUAGAAGACUACAAACAAGAUGUCAGUUAAUACUACCCAGUGUUAGUGCAGGGUGUCCAAUAUAAAUGUUCCCUUACUGAUUAGUACUGAGUAUAUUGAAUGAGAUCCGUCGUAAUUAUGAGGUAUUUGUGAAUGUCAAUGCAUCAAAAGAAUACUGAUUCUACAAGUGAAAACUUAUAAAAUAUGAAUAUGUGUUACAACAAAUGAUAGAUGAGAGAUAAUUGUUCAAGUAUAAUAAUAUGGUUAAAAUAAAGAGAGUCAAAGUCAGAGGCUUUAAACAUGAAAAAGCUAUGGAAAUUAUAGUAAUUGAAUUAUAUAUGUCAAUAUAAUGAGAAAAAAUAGUUUGGAAAAUAUUUUUUUAUCACUUGACUUGUGCGUCUAGUUUGUUGCCCUGGAUUUUCAUGUUUUUAUGUCCUUUCUGUAAAUCAUUAUUGUAAAUACUCACACUGGUGUCCCAUGUGCUAUUACCAGAAUGAAAGUUUUUAAAUUAUGAUUUAAUUAUCAAGAUUGAAAGGUUUUUAAUAUUCUCUCUUUUCAAUUCGUACAAAUUGUUAAAUAUAAUUUAAUUUUCCUUAUGCUUGAACAAACCCAAUUAAAUGGCUUUAUAUCUCGGUAUCAUUGAAGGUAUUCUUGGGAAUUUAUAUUAGCCCUUACAAUAUGUAUUUAUUAGAUUGCUUUUCUUUUAACAAACUGACCAUCUUGGUGACAAAUUCCUUGAUAAUAAUAUUUCAAUAACAGUGUUGUAAGAAGAUGUUUGAAGAGGAAAACAGUUAAUUGAAUUUUGUUGGGUGAUAUAUUAUUCAAUUUUUUAUGAAAUCCUAUUUUAAUAUUCUCAAAGUUGAAGUAGAACAUAAAAUUCACAAAAUAUUUUGGUGCCAUUAAUAUUGCUGUAAUUUUGUGGUGAGAUAAAAGACAAUGCUACCAGGUUAUUGUAAUAUUUUUUCAAUAAACCUGUAUAUAAUCAGUUAUACGCAUUUAAUUUUUCAUGAAUUGGAAAAAGGGGUGGAUUUUUUUUGUGUGCCUAUUUUUUUCAUGUAAAGACUAGAUGAGAUGAUUGAACUUUUGUAUAUGUUAAACUUGUGCUAUUGAUAAUAACACUGGGGUUUCGCACACGACUGUAUCACAUUCCUAUAUUUACUGUUUUCAUGUUUUUUAUCACCAGUAGAUAAUGUUAUAAUAUUUUCAUUGAAACCAUCUGAGUUUUGCACUGUUCCUCUGGAAUACUUAUUAAUUCCCUUAUGUGAAAUACUAUCAUUAAAAAACUUUCAUGCGGAUUUAUUAUGAACCCUUAUCAAUACUUUUGAUACAAACUAUCAUGUGUAUUUCUCCUUAUCAAUACUAUUGAUACAAAACUAUCAAGUGGAUUUAUUCCCUUAAUACAAAACUAUCAGGUGGAUUUAUUCCCUUAUCAAUACUAUUAAAACAAAACUAUCAAGUGAAGUUAUGCCUUUAAUAAUGCUAUUGGUACAAUACUAUCCUGUCGAAUGAGGUUUUUCCUGUCAGUAGAGAAAUUACUUUAAAGUCCCAUAUUAAUCUUAAUUGUUCUGAUUUGAGGUUAAUCAAAAUGCUGUAAUUAUCCAAAAAUCUCUAAUAAGUAGAUAAGAUGUUAAAUAGUAGUAUCUUUUUUAAUUCCGUAGAUCCAUGGCAAUUUCUGGUUUAUUUUUAGUGUUAGAGAUUAAAAUUAUUAUGAGUUUAAGAUAACUUAACACUACACGCAGAAGUACUACAUUUAAUGAAAUGCAGAUUCUCAUUAUACACUGUAUAAGACCGGUGUUUUAAGAUUGGCAGAAGUACGGUAUGAAGGACAAUUUUAAGAUUUGGAUACACACCUAUAGCAUGCUGUGUCUGUGCCAUCAGAUUUGUUGAACAUAAUGAAUUUAUGUGUGCCUUUAGCAUUAAUACAGAGUAAACUACAAAAUGUAUAUUAGCAGUUAGUUUGACAGGUAAAGAGCUUUGUGAUAAGUUUGAAUUUUUGUAUUAAAAGAAAUUGUUUUUCUAACCUGUCUGACAUUUUAGUCACUUUUAAGAUUAUAAAGUAAAUUAUUGUUUUUUUUGUUAAUAUGUGCUAGUAUCUGUACCACAAAUAUCCCUAAGAAAUUACUCGCUUCUAUUGAAUAAAAAAGGGUAACAAUUUCUAGUAUUGAUAGUUGAUACUGUCAUAUUUUAGGUAACUGUUGGACUUAGGUUGAAGUUUUUAUAUACAUGUAACUACCAAAACAGUGUGGGGAAAGAAAUUAUUAUUCUGAAAAUAAUUUGAAAAUACUUUGUUCAGAAAUUGUGAUAAGUAUUGCAACAACUUACAUCAGGACCAAGUUAUUUAUUACUUUUUUUUUUUUUUUUUUAGAAAUCCAUACCUUUACUGAUUAUUGGGCAAUGAAGGCCAACAAGCUUUCUUCCUCAUUGCGUAUAUUUGUUUGUUUGUUUGUAUAAUGUAUGAAAGAUUAUAUCAUAGAUAUAUGUCACAACUAUUAACAAUUUCUUACUGGUAUGCACUAUAUAUAUAUGUAUAUUUUGACCAGUGAUGUCAUUUCUUGCUUGUGGUAUGUACCCAUGUUUGAACAAGAUUUACUUGUCAGCUGUGGUCUCUUAUCUACUUAAUUUAACAUACUGGAUUCGGGUUGGAUCAAGGCACUGGAUGUAGGAUGUCUAUGAUAAAAGUUAGUCUUAUUCUCAUAAUAGCUUCCUUUCAAGUUAGUUUUAAACUUCGACUGUUAAAACUGUUAAGUUAGUGGCACCUAGUUUUAAACCUUGACUGUUAAACUGUUCAGUUAGUGGCGCCUAGUUUUAAACCUUGACUGUUAAACUGUUCAGUUAGUGGUGCCAGUUACGAACUCAAGGCAUUGGUAUUUAGUUUAUUUAAAAGUGAUGUAAUAUUUCACUAAGGAUUUUUUAAUGGCGACAUUUAACCUACUGUAAAUACAGCCUCUAAGUAGAUUUACUGUUAGGAUUAAUGUAAAACUAUAGACUAUUCCAUAAUUGUUAGAGGUUAACACUGAAAAAUACUUCUAACGGCCAUCGCAGUAAGCAUGAUAACAUCUGACCAACUAAUUUAACUAGUGGUUAGCAUAAUAUCCAUCUGAUCAACCAACCAGCGGCCUAUGGUGUUAUAGGAGUCACAAUUCCGUCCUACAAUAAUACUUCUAACAUGCUUCUGAGACAUUUAAUUUAUUAUCAAGUAAACAAUUUGAUUUACCUUAAGGUAAAAUUGAGUAUUAAAAAAUAAUAUCACAAUUAAAAUCGAUAAAUGAAAAAGUAUAAAAUGUUGAUUAAUAUUUAUUAAUAAUCAGGAGUAAGUAGGGCUAACAAAGUUUUUUGUGGUUGAAACCUACCAUGAAAAUGUUUCUAUUGAUGGCCGUCUGGAAAGUCAAGUAUUAUCGUUCAACAUUGAAAGGAAAACAAAUAUGAACUAGAAUUCAAAUGAAAUAUAUUUCAGAUUUCAAAAUUUCUAUUGAUGGACCUAUGCGAAGAAAAGGAAUUUGAAAUUUUAAGUUCGGAGUGAGCAUCAUAAGAUGGAUCUAGGAGACCAAUAACGGUCCUGAUCACAGGUCAACAAUGAUACCCAUCCAGGUGUAAAUAUGAGAGAAUGACACGUGCAGAUACUAGACAUAUAUUUUUGAUUAACUGUAUUUUGUUGGGUGUUAUGUAAGUUUUGUUUUUUGAAAUUAUGAGGUAUUUUGCUUUGUACAUUGUAGAUAUGUAUAAUAUAUAUUAAUUAUGGAAUAAAGAGUGUAUGAAAAUACAUAUAGUAUACAUUGUGUAGUUUUAUGUUAUGUAUUUGUGAUGACAUAAUCAGUUAGUUUUCCCUUUGUUUCCAUUGUUUAUUAUUAACUAUCAAAAUAUCAACUGUCUUUUCUCAGCAACUAUAAUAUUUGAUAUACUGCCUACACAUACAGAUAUCAAACAACCUAUGUAUGACAAUUAGUUGAGCAGCUCAGAUUUGGUGAUUGAAGUAAUGCUGUGUGUUCUGUUGGGUACUUUAGAGAGGGGUGUAGUGGUUGUGAUAUUGUACAGAAGUAAAUAAAGCUAAAUGCUGUAUUUGCAUGAGGAAUCUUAUGCUAGCUUACAAAUACUGCAUGCUUCAAAAUACAGAGUUGGUUAAUGAAUCUCAAUCUUUGAUUAUACCCCUUUAAAAUUAGAACAUAAAGUGCUUUUCAAGCCAAUGUCAUGUGCAAGAAAAUACUGGUGUUGUGCAAGAAGUACUCUAAGCUAGAGCUUUAGUGACUUCGUUCUUCUACAUAAUCGAGAACAAUGCUCUAUUAUUGCUGUCCUGCCGUUGUCCUUAGCUGCAGACCAGUGUUUGGUUUGUUAUUUUGUUAUGUGGUAAAUGUGUGUACACAGUAAUGUUUGUACCCGUAUUGUACCGAUCACUACCAGUUAUGCAAAACUGUAAAUAAACUGUGUAUAUCCUGUUAUAAUUAAUUUGCUUGGUUAUUGUUUUUAUAUGUGUAUGUGAUAUGCUUGAAAGAAUGAAAUAUCAAGUUCCUUUGACGGAGAAAAAACAUUUUUCAUAGAAUUUUACUUGCUUAAACUUCAAAUAUUAGAUUUUUUUUAUGGUAAAAGAUACAUUAUAUUAAAAAGUUGGUUUUGAGUUAGAAUUAUUUCUCAUGAUGUAAGAAAGAUCGUUUUAAUAAUCUUAUUUUGUAGCCGAAUUCACCAGGACGGAUAACAAGCUAGUCCUAACUUAUUGAUAAUUUGCCCCAUACAUGUGUUACUUGUAUCACAUUUUACUGUAAAUUUUACAGGCCAAAGUUUGUACUCUUAUACUGGAUAUCUCUGAAUCUUUAUCAGUAACUAUUGUCGAUCACAAAUUCUUGUUUUCAGUAGAAACUCUUUUGACUUUGUAAUGGUUAACAUUUAUAGGAUAUUUAAAAAGUAGAAAAAUAUGGUGAAAUACAUUCAACAUGAAUGGUGUUGAAAGUAUAAGUAGUGUGUUUGUUAUUACUUAUUUAAAUGCAUUACUGAGGGUUUCAUGUGUGGAAUAAAUUCGUUAUUUCAUAUA